AUGGACACACUCCUCGUCCCAAAAUUGCCCGCCCACAAGCGCUUCUCCCCGAAAGCCAAAGACCCUAAUGUCUGCGACUCCUGUCGUGCGGGAAAGCGUCGCUGCUCGGGGGAAAGGCCCGUCUGCGAUCGGUGUCAGAGCAGUGGACGUGCUUGCGUGUACCCAGGCGGCACAGCCAACACUAGAGCCACGCGCGCAAGCACGGUGUCGAGCGAGGAUGCGUUUGAUCCGCCGCUGCCAAGGGGCAGCCGUGGGGUGAGACACGAGCUGGGCCAGGAGCUAGACCGCAAGCUGAAGGUUCAGAAGGAAGUCGAGGACACGCGAGUACGGGAGGGAAUUGAAGAGCGGGAUGGCGACGGUGACGGUGACGGUGACGUGGAUAUGGAUAUGGACAUGAGAGAAGAGCCGAAAGCAGAGACAGAGGCGGAGCAGAACACGAUCGCAGUCGCAGCCGCAGCGCCAAAGCGACGUGGAAGGCCGAGAAAGAAGGCACCGGCGACGGCGACCAUCGCAGUACGCUCAAAGCCCAGCGGGAACACAGCUCCACCCGACCCUCCCAGCAACGAACCAUCCGCCUCAGCCCUCCUCGCUCUCCGCUCCAGCGCUCCCGCGCCCCGCUACAUCCACUUCAACGACCUCGAUCUGACUGCUCUCCCUGCAGACCUCGCCGCCGAAUGGUCCGCCAUCAAGCGUAAAGUCUUCGCCGCCGUCAACUUCGUCGAAGGAGGGGAGGUGCUGUGGGACACUACGGGCGUGAAGGAGCGCGAGCUGCAGCAGUUGAUACUGGAGGUGCGGGGGCUACAGGAGGAGAGGAAGGCAGCAGUGCAGGAGUUGGGUUUGGGCCUUGAGAGGCUGGCAGAGAUGCUGCUGCAGGUGCAUGACUUUUAUGAGUGUUUGAGGACUUGCUUGAUGAGUUUGGGGGCGUUGGGGGAGGUGGUUGAUGCGUAG